ACGGCCGCCGCCGUCGACGUUUCGAUCCGUUUCUGUCAUUGGCCUCAUUUCCGCUCGUCGAUCAACCACCUGUCAUAUUCAUUGUAUUAUUAACAAUUAUAACAAUAUUAUUCGAUAAUAAUAUUAUUGCGAUACGUUGUUACAGUACCUCCUAUGUAGUUGUCGCGCACUGAUCUCAAAACGAUUCGUCAUUCCGCGUUUUUCUAGCGUCGAUAUAAUAACCAUAGUAAAACCAGUGUAAUAUAAUUCAAUCUAAUAAUAAUAAUAAUAAUAAUAAUUUUGUCUUAUUCUGUGAUAAUACCACACAAUAUCAUAAUUUAUUAUUCGCGCACCUACACAGUAAACCACAACAAUCGUCAACGUGUUGCACUUCGUGGUCAUCCGCCCGCCAGCGAUUCGGCGAGCAUAAUAAUAUAAUAAUUUACUUGACACGACGAUUUCGGACGAACAUGGCCGUCGAUGGAAGCAUCGAUUUCCAGGAAAAGGAAAGGAUUUCAAAAGAACUUAGAGUUAGCAUGAACGAAUGGAGAGAAAUUAUAGUAUUGUUAAACGCAAUAAUGUCGUGGCAAAAAAAUUGGUUUCCCGCGAUUACGGUUAUAUGUGUAACGAGUUUAUACCUAUACGUGUGGUUGGUCAACUGUUCGAUACUAAACAUGAUCUGGCUGACCGGCCUAUGCGCCGCCCUGUUGGAUUGCAUCGUAUGUGGUCCGUUUCAAAGGAUCCUGCCACCUAGCAGCUGGGACCAGGACAAGGAGCGCACGUUCACAGAUAUCUCUGAAUGGGUGGCAGAUUGCUGGGUGACGACGAAGCUGUACACGAGCCGAUUUUUCAACCUCAGGCAAACACAUACCAAACUGUUUCAUUCUGUCUUAUCGGUAUCGUUCUUCAGCCUUUUGUACAUCGGAACCACAUUCAACAAUUUGUUCAUAUCAUAUAUUACAAUUUUGGCGAUUUUGCUGUUUCCCGGGUUCAAAACCAAAUCGGAAUACAUCGAGGGCAGUCUGCAGAGGUACGCUCAUCAUAUGCUGUCGGGCGACGACGACGAGGCGUCUUCAUAAGGCAACUAAACUCCUCAAAGCCAACUCGAUCUAUCUAACCAGCUCAUUAAUUAACUAUAACGUUUUAGUGAAAAUAGAUGGGUGUAUAUAGGGUUCAUCAAAUAUUUUUUUCCCCUUUCAGUUUUCAUAAAUAAAUAUAAUUUGUCAUGUAGUCUACUAUUUACAGUAGGUAUCAAUAAUGUGUGUGUGUGUGUGUGUACCUAUGUUAUGUUAAUUAUUAAUAAUUGUUAACCGCAGAACAAUUUGUGAGUCAUAGAAAUCGCGUUUUAUAGUGAUGAAAACGGAUACAACAUUUAAAUAUAAGUAAAAUAAUAUAAUUUUGUAAUAUUAUGAAAAUAAUAUAGGUAGUAAUGGAGAUACUUAAUAGUUUUUUUUUUUAUAAUUAUUAUUGUUUCACUUGCAGUGUUUUUCGCGUUCAUAAUACAAAUAUUUCAACAGGACGGUCGUUGUUUA